ACUCUCUCAAGCCCGUUCCUUUUAAACCCUAAUUCCCCUAACGGACCUGGUAUUCUGGUAAACCUCGAUUCCCCCGGCCGUUUGCGUUGUCGCCGGAGCCGUCAUGGAAAAGAAGAAGAGACGAGAAGCUGCCACCGAGAUCUUCGACACCCUCGGGGACUUCACGAGCAAAGAGAAUUGGGACAAAUUCUUCACUGUCAGGGGCUCCGGCGACUCCUUCGAAUGGUACGCCGAGUGGCCGGAGCUCCGCGACCCGCUUCUCGCCCAACUCAAGACCGUUGCCGCCGCCGCCGCCGCUGACCCGCUUCAGAUCCUCGUGCCUGGUUGCGGAAGCUCUCGCGUCUCGGAGUAUCUCUACGAUGACGGGUUCCGCUGCACUACCAACAUCGAUUUUUCCAAGGUCGUCGUCUCUGACAUGCUCCGCCGAUACGUGCGUUCCCGCCCUGAAAUGAGGUGGCGCGUCAUGGACAUGACUGAACUCCAGUUUGCAGAAGAGACAUUCGAUGUAAUUUUUGAUAAAGGAGGAUUGGAUGCACUAAUGGAACCAGAGCAUGGAGCAAAGCUCGGCACUAAAUAUCUGAAGGAGGUUAAGAGAGUGCUUAAGUCAGGAGGAAAAUUUCUGUGUCUGACCCUAGCAGAAUCUCACGUUUUAGCUUUGCUAUUUACUGAAUUACGAUUUGGAUGGGAUACAAGUAUUGCUAUUAUCCCACAAAAAAUUGGCAGCAAGUCAGCCUUUCAGACCUUCUUGUUAGUUGCUGUAAAGGGCAAGAUGGGUGUGCUAAACCAGCUUAGCUUACUGUUUGAACAUCAUUCCAUUAAUCUUAAAGGAGAGCAGGUACAUUCUUUACUUGAUGCUGUUGAAAAUGAGAAUAAACUUCGCAGCCAGUAUUCCUCUGGUGAUGAUAUUGUUUAUUCUUUGGAAGACCUACAAUUAGGUGCUAGAGGCAAUUUAAAGGAACUUCUCCCGGGACGAAGGUGUCAAACUAUCCUAGGAAAUCAUGGUUCACUUUACCAUUAUAAAGCUAUACUCUUGGAUUCUAAGCAACAUUCAGAACCAUUGUUAUACCACUGUGGUGUUUUUAUUGUGCCUAAGGCUCGAGCAAAUGAAUGGUUGUUUUCUUCAGAAGAAGGACAAUGGCUCAUCGUUGAAAGUUCAAAGGCAGCUCGGCUGAUUAUGGUUUUCAUGGACUCGAGGCAUACUGGUGCUAGCAUGGAUGAGAUCCAGAAGGAUUUAUCUCCACUCGUUAAAGGUUUGGCACCUGAAAGAUCAGAAGAUGAAACUCUGAUUCCGUUCAUGAUGGCAGGCGAUGGCAUCAAACAGAGGGAUGUCAUCCAUGAGGUCACAUCAACAGUAACUGGCCAUAUGAUUGUUGAAGAUGUGAUCUACGACACUGCUGCGGAAGAUCCACCAAAUCUUAAAGUGUUUCGUCGCCUUACAUUUGGCAGAAGCUCAGGUUUGGUGCAAUCAGAAGCAUUGUUAUCUGACAAUAUACUUCAGAGCAAUCCGUCUGCUGCAAAUAAAAAAGGAAAGGUUGUAUCUUCAAGAAGUAGAAAAAAGGGUGGUCAGAAAAGAAGUGAAUCCCAUAAAUUGAUCCAUGGAUCUAAGAGCAUGAAGGUUGAUCAUAGCUGCCUUGCUAGUCUUUAUCACAGUGGCAUUGUUUCUGGCUUUGCUCUUAUAGCUACUACUUUGGAGCAUAUUGUAUCAUCUGGGAAAAAGAUUAGAACCUACAUAAUUGGGCUUGGAGCUGGGCUUCUUCCCAUGUUUCUUCGUGCUUGCCUGCCCUUUCUGCAAAUUGAGGUGGUGGAGUUGGAUCCUAUAGUCUUGGAUUUGGCGAGUGAAUAUUUCAGCUUUGUCGAGGAUGACCAAUUAAAGGUGCACAUUGCUGAUGGAAUCCAUUUUAUUCGUGAUGUGGAUGCUGUCAAAUCAUUCCCAGUGAAUGGUACACCUACGUACUCUCCUGCAGAUGAAAAUAAAACCAGUGGCACUAAAAUUCUUAUCAUAGAUGCAGAUUCAUCCGAUUUGAGCUCCGGGUUAUCCUGCCCUCCUACUGACUUUGUUGAAGAUUCCUUUCUUUUGUCGGUAAGGGAUUUCCUCUCUGAAGGAGGCAUCUUCAUCAUAAACUUGGUGUCACGAUCAGCAGCAAUAAAAGAGAAGGUUAUUUUAAGGUUAAAAGCGGUGUUCAACCAACUGUUCUCCCUUGAACUAGAAGAAGAUGUUAAUGAGAUUCUCUUUGCUUUCCCUGCCAAGAUGUGCGUGGAUGCCGAUAAUUUGCCUGAGGCUGUUGUUAAAUUGAACAGCUUGAUGAAAAUUCCCUUGCCGAAUGGGCAGAUAGAAUCGGGUAGGUUCAGAUGUCUACUGUAGGGCCGAAGCAAAACCAUACUAUGUUUCCAUUCCCAUUUCCGUGUAUGGUAUAUUAUAUAAUAUUAUACAACCGAAGAAAAAAAAAAUGAAUGCUGCUUCACGCGAUCUGGCAUCCUGAUCUGGUACUCAUCCAAGGGGCACGGGAAGUUUGCGACAUCAGUGCAACAGCAUUGCAGCAGGUGUUUUUUUUUAGCAUAACUUUACAGUUGUAUUUGUUAACUGUAAGGUUGUAUCAAGAUCAAUCAAAGCUGUAUUAUAGUAAAGACCAACCGGUGCUUAUUCUCCUAGAAAUUCUGAUCUUUCAGAAAACAAACUGCAAUUUUCUCUGGUAAGUUGUGCAAUCUCUGUCAGAGUUGAUUCUGUUUAUUAUCAAUCCUGUAUUUCCUUAAAACAUCUAUUUAUAUGUUCUCUGAACUGUAAGAAAUCUAACUGGCUAUUA